AUGAAUGAACACAAGGCAGUGAUCAAGAAUGCGGAUAUGCCGGAAGAAAUGCAAAAAGAAGUGGUCGAGAGUUGUGUCCAGGCGUUGGAAAAGUUCAAUAUUGAAAAAGAUGUGGCCGCGUUUGUGAAGAAACAUUUUGAUGCCAAAUACAGUCCAACAUGGCAUUGUAUUGUGGGUCGAAAUUUCGGCAGCUACGUGACGCAUGAAACAAAACAUUUUAUCUAUUUGUACAUAGGCCAAGUUGCUGUGCUCCUGUUCAAAUCGGGUUAA